AUGGUGAAAGACCAGUUCAGAGAGUCUGGAGUCACGAAAAAGAUGUGAGACUUUAACAAGUGUUUUCAGUUUAGUUCGUUCACUACUGACUGUGUUCUUUUGCGGGUCGUAUGCUACACGCGCUAGAUGAGAUUCUCAGCAUGGAAUUUAUAAGUUUAGAGCUAGUCUGUUUGUCUUUUCCUUAAAACUACUUCGAAUAGUGUAAUUCCCUACUUAUGUUUUAAACUCAUGUUCUUAUUUAAGUUUUCUUGGAAAAGGAGAAAUCCCAGUUUCCAAACGAUCUUAAGACUCUUAACCCAUUCUGUGAUUUCUGCACGCUCGAAAAACAGCUGUUUUUUAUUUUGGAUAUUUUGGAUUUUGGAUGUUACUUCUUGAGCAGUAAAGAGUGUAACGAGAUUCUUGAAUACCGAAAUACAAUGCUCGUGAGAGGGUAACGAGAAAGGAUGGAAGUGAAAUCUGCGGUUGUAAAAAAUUGCACCUUUGCACUAAACCAAAGCCGUACUCCUAAAUGCAACUUAAAUUUGUUGACAUUGAAGCAGCUUUCAAGUUCAUAAGUCUGGCUUCAAAAUGGGGAUGAUUGAACGAUUUUUAUGGGUUUGACAAUCAGGGUUUUUUGGUUAAAUUAAUUUUUCCAGUAAUUCCAUCUCAUAUUGAGCCUCCCCAACUCCCAUAAAAAAAUACCUGCUUUCAUAGUACCCCCUCCCCCCUCUCCAGGACUAAGGCAAAAUACAGCCGUGCAAUUCAUUGUUUCAGAGACUAGUUUCAUUUAAGUUUUUCGAGUGUCAUGUUUUGAAUGAUUUCAUAAAAAAUAAUUUGUUCUUGCCAUUUACAGAAGCCAUGUCAACUUUGGUUUGUUUUCACCUGAGCAAAUGCACCAAUAUGCUCAUAUUCACUGUGUCAGCAAAAACCUGUAUAAUCAGGAUCCUGGCCGUACUCCCAUUUCAUUUGGGGUGUUGGAUCCUCAUAUGGUAUGUAAGUAGCCUGAGUAUCAGGCCUUCCUAAGGGGUUAGGGGAGAGGAGAUUUUAGAUGGGGGAGGGGGGAGGGGGUAGACUGCAAAACAGUCCGUAUUUUGCGUAUUCAAGUACGCGCGAGCAGUCAAACAAAAGGUCUGGAAUGAGGCUGAAACAGAGAGCGAGACUGGGGAGAGACGCUAAAAAUACGGACUGUCCGUUUUGCAUACGUUAUAUUCGUUCGAAUUACCCGCUUCUCCCAGCCACGGGCAAUUCCCAUUGGCUAAAUGUCGAUGGAAGCUGUCACCAAGCUGUCAAGUAAUGUUUUCAACAUGUCAUUCACGUUGUUCCAUACCGUGAUGAAUUGCUAAAGCUUUCGCUGUAAAAUGACAGAUGUUGAUCGCCUGGAUUUGCUCGCAAGAAUUGGGAUUUGUUUUAAAAUCGGAGCAGAGGGAAGCUUUGGAGUUGCUACUCAGGGGAAAGGGUGUUUUCUGUGUUCUACCAACAGGAUUUGACAAAAGCCUUAUUUAUCAGAUGUUUGUUCAUGCAAAGAGUUCUUCAAGUUCCGUGCAACGGCCGACCGUCAUUGUUAUCUCGCCUGGCUAAAAAAGCGAUCGGUAGGAAACACACGACUUUUACCUCAUGCAAACAUGCCGCUUGUUCCAAUGAAUUGUUUUCUCUGUCGAGUAGAUUAUGCUUUGGAGGAAAACCUUUUGACUGAGCAAAUGUGAAUUUUGGCCGCUUAUUAAAUAUAUUUCAUACUGAGAGGUCGUGACACGCAUAUUUAUUUUCUCUGGUAGGCAUGAUUUGUCCUCUGACGCAAGAGCAUUUUCUUUUUUGGCCCCUUUAGAAAUGUAAAGCUCUUCAUUGCGGCUGAUUAAGGGUUCUAGGUUGUUUUAUUUCUCCAAAGUGCCUCCUGGAUUUGAAUAAUUUUAAGCGAUUUUCUUUGUGUCCGUGAAUGUGACUUUUUCCUGCAAUGUUUUGUCGCGCUGGGCCCAGCUCGUUAGCGUUUUUGGCAGGAUUUUAAACUCUCACAGAUAGUAAUUUACAGAGCUAAAUCACCACGACAAGGUUUGGAAUGAGGGGAUUUGCUCAUUCUUUUCAAUCGCAAUAAUUGUUCAUUGUCAGUUAGUGUGUUCAGUUCUUCUCUAAUUUGCGAAAGCAUCGCCGUGCAGUUUCCCUGGGCAAUUUCUAACCGUUGUUCCGCACGGAGAGCAAACUGCUCUUGUGGAGAAAGAUUCUCCUUCCUCGAGGACAACGAAAAGUUCGUUUUUCAGUAGGUCGGCCCACUUUGGUAACGUUUCCCUUUUUCUGGUAGGCCCUACAAACGCAUUUUCCGAGCUUAUCCAUCCAUUCGUAAAAUUGCCGAACUGUGUUUUGAAACAACAGCCGCACAUUCUACAAUUUGUCCAAAGCCCUCGGCUCUUUCGGCUUUCUCCCUCUUCGAGGAGCAGGCACAGGCUUUGUUGUCGUACUGCCACUUCCACUCAAUUUUGAUCCUCCACUAUAUAUACUACAUUUCACUAUAUACACUACAUUUCACAGGAAAGCAACGCUAAAAGCUGCUUUAGAAUUACUGGAUUACCGCGUCAAUAAUAACACGCGAGUCUAUCAAAUUCACAAAGAGGGCGGAGUUGCGAACAGAUUUUUGACAGCUCGACGACAUUUUUGAACCCCCUGGUCGGAACGAACUCAUUGUAUGGAAAACGGACAGUCGGUUUUUUUUCUCUCGCCUCACACGCCCUACGGGCGUGUGAGGCUCGCGCGCUUCGCGCGCGUAAGACUCUUACGCCACGCUUUACCGAUUUCUUUUACUGAUUUUGAGAAAAAAACCGACUGUUUUGCAGUCUAGGGAGGGGGAAGCUCUCUCCCUUUUUUGCUUCCAUCUUUCCUCUUUUCCCCCAGAAAUGCCUGAUACUCAGGCUAGUAUGUAAGAUGCAUUUUUGUGGGGUAGGAGAAACUCGGCAGAAAUCUAUAAGAAAAGACGAUGUUUUUGUUUGGUCCUAUCAAGUUGUAAUGUAUUUGGGUCUGUUUUAGCUUCUGUGUUUUAUGAUAGCUUAUUUUAUUUAUAGUUUUAAGGUAGAGUUAAUAUCUGCACAGAGAUCCAUAUUAGUAUCAGUAGUGAACUUAAUGAUUACAUCUUCUGUCUCAAUCUUGCUCAUUAGUGAACAAUAUUACUAGAAUCUACUCACAGCUUGGCAUUUGGUGUCCUUAACCCUAUGGCUACUGAUUUGCCAUUAUCUUUCCUUAUGAGAUGUCACUAGAUAGCAACCACAUAAAGAUUAUAUUUUGCAGGAUGACAGGGGUUAUAAUAAUAAUAAUAAUAAUAAUAAUAACAAUAAUAAUCUUUAUUGAGAUAACUUUUUCCUAUACAAGUAUGGUUUUCAAAAAGGAUGUCAAAAGAUCGAAAAGUAAAGUACACACAAUCAACGAUAAAACUAAGUGUUAAAGUAUAUAAAAACUAGUAAAAUGUACAAGAUAUCAACUAAAAUCAAUGAAUUAGAGAUCUAAAAGAACACGGUUAAAAAUGUUCACAUUCACGGAGUGUCCAUGAUUGUCUGGCUAAGGGAGUUUAUCCUUGAUGGCAUGAAACACAGUCCGUUGUUUGUCCCAGUUCUUUUGGACACUUGGAAGUCUUAAAUUUAGUUUAGUUCUGUUGUUAUAAUCAAUGAUGUAGUUCUUGGUGUCUUGUGAAAUUCAUAUCAUGCUCAGCAAGUCCAUUUAAACACUUAUACACAUAAAUACAUCUCUGAAAAUGCCUUUUUGUUAAUGGUACAGGACCCACUUAAGAGUAGCAAGCACAUGCCUAGCAGGUGAAUAAAGAGGUCUGUCUAAAAUCAUUUGGCGGCCUUUUUCUGCAAAACUUGCAAACUGGACAUUAAGGUUACAUUAUGUUUAUCUCCCAAAACAAAGUUUGCAUAAUCAAAUAAAGGCAUGACAAGACCAUUAUAAAAAAAGAAGGCACCCACGGAAAGGUAGAAAAUACUUAAGUAAAUAAUUAAGUAUAGGUUAUUUAACUGGUAGAGAGUGGGCUGGAGAUGUCCUGACUUGCAAACCUUAAUUGAUGUGUAGAUUAUUUUGUAUAAAUAUAAUAAUGUAUUUUGCAGGGUACAAGUAGCAAAGACAGGAGCUGUGAAACAUGUGGUAAACCAUUGGCUGACUGUGUUGGUCACUAUGGUUACCUAGAUCUUGCACUUCCAAUUUUCCAUGUUGGCUUCUUUAGGUCAACCAUUGUAAUUCUACAAACUAUAUGUAAAGUAAGUAUAAGACUUUAAUUAGAAUUGUGCUUUCAUGCAAGUUACAAUGCAGUCAUUUUGUGUUUCAUUUAAGGUUUAACAUGAGCAUUUGAUUGAAUUGUGGAACUGGUUUGUUAAGAGUAGCAUCCCAGGAGAUCUGUCACGCGUUCUUGAAAAUGUUCACCACCAUUUUUCCCAACCCGACUGACCACAUCACCCCUGGGUCUCCAAGGAUGAUGAAACUUCGGCCUUGGCUGAAUGUUACGUUUUUUUCACUUGAAGUCACAGUGAUGUUUUUUCUAAUGUAAUACAAACAAAAUGUGGAUAUAGUAGCUGGCUAUCAGGCAUGCCACAGGCAUGUAAGAGGUACAGUACAUUGUUUUGUAAAAUGGGAAGAUAAAAUUAUCAGCUGCCAGGUUGCACAGGAAGGUAGAAAAUAUCAUUUGGCAAUUGGCUCCCUCUUUUCCAAUAAUUUUUACCUUGCUUGAUUCUUCAAAGAAUGAUCUGCAUGACUAUUCAAGGCUUAUUUAUAUAAUGAAGUAUAGAUAUAACCACCCACAUCUAUUGUGACAUUGUCUUGUUAACAAAAGAACAACAAUAGGCUGCUAGUUAAUUGCAGGUUCACUUUUGGAUGCAAUUAAAAACAGUGACUAUGUUGUGGUUCAAUUUUAUCCUUGGUUCAAAUUUUCUUUUCUUUUGUUUUUGCGUAUGGUAAUGUAUGAUAAUAACAUGAUAAUAAGUUUGAAACAAAAGAAAAGAAAAUUUGAACCAAGGAUAAAAUUGAGCCACAACAACUACAUGACCAAGCAGUCAUUGUUUUAUUUCUCAUUCACUGUACCUGGUCAAGUGAAGUGUUUUAACAAAAUGUAUAGAGGCCACAGAGGGCAGUUGUUUAUGAAUAAACACAAAUGGUACUUAAUAAAAAUAAUUAUGUAUGCCGUAUGAUGCAACUUACUUUUACAGUGUGUAGUAACCAUUUUUUGUAUUGACUUGUCUUCUUCAGACAUGUUCACGGGUUCUUUUACCACCCCAAGAGAAGAAACAGUUUUUGGAUCAGUUAAGUCGGCCUGCUGUCUCUUCGCUAAUGAGGAAAGGAAUCAAGAAAAAGAUAGUUGAAAAGUGUAAAAAGAUCUCUCACUGUCCUUACUGUGAGGCCCUGAAUGGUGAGUGGAGUGAAGCAUGAUAUGACUCUGAAGUUGCAAUGUAGUUACAUCUAUUUCUUACUUUAAUCUUGACAGAAACUACUUCAUUAUUCUAUUGCCAAAUAUUGCUGUUCACAAAGCAUUUUUAGUUGUGACUAUGUGGGUGAAAUCAUAGAAUGUGGUCAUUUUUUAAGCAGGAGCAAUUUUUUACCAGUAUAUUUCCUGGUCAUUUUUUUUGUAUUCUUGGAGCUUAAGUCAACUAUAGUUUGGAUCCUGUGAAUGCCUUCCCUUAUAGGUAGCAAUAAUAUUAAUGUAAUGCAGCAUUGUCAUGUCAAAACAGUUUUUUUUUAUUGCAACACAUUUUAGUGUUGGGCCUGCGAAUAGUGUUUCUUUUUAGAAAGAACUAUAUCUGAACACGUUGCUAUUUUAGCCAAGAAAACCAGAAAAAAUGUUGGACAUGGAUUAUAUUGUCUUUAACUCCUUUAAUUGCGACAGAAUAUGAAGGUUAUACAGCAACUCUUAAAAGACCCUUCAUCAGUUCCUGAUGGCAACACUAAGGAAUGCUUUGAGAUCAUUCGAUAAUACAUUUCAUCUGUUUUCCUUUGCCAGGUUUUGUCCGAAAGAGUGGCAUGAUGAAAAUUGUUCAUGAAAAGUACAAGUCAACCAGGAAAUAUGUCGAUCCUGUCAUCUCAGAAUUUCAGGCAUCAUUUGAAUCAGCCAUUGAUUAUAACAAAGAACUGGACAACUUACUGAACAAAGCCCAGGUAGGAAGCAAUGUUUCCUUUUGUCACUGUGCUCAUCAAUACAUCAUCAUCAUCAUCAUCAUCAUCAUCAUCAUCAGUGUCUAUCACCAUCACCACCACUUUCAUCAUCAUGAUUUUUAUUGUCACACCUCUACCAUGUACCAGGCAUCGUCAUCAUUGUGGCCAUCACUAGCCAUCAUCAAUAAUUGCCAGUAUUCGCCACUUAUAUCAACUGUCAUCAUCAUCAGCCAGUAUCAUGGCUGUUGUCGUCACUAUGUUGCCAUUACCCUCAUCAACAUGAAUUCACCACCUUUAUCUUCCACCACAAACUUUGUCAUCACCAUCAUCACCACCACCCUUAUCAUCAUCAUAAUCAUUUUCAUCAUUGUCAUCAUCAUCAUCGUCACCAUCGUCAUCAUCAGCAGCAGCAGCAAUACCAACAUACCAUCAUUAUAUUGUUGUCAGUUCCUCCACACCAUCAUAAAGACUAAACAUCUAUAAUUUCAGAUUCUUGUUCUUGAAGAAGAUUAAUGCCAAAGCUUUUCUCUUUUUGCAGGAAGUGCUUAACCCAUUACGAGUUAUAACUUUGUUUGAGCAAAUACCAGACCAGGUUGGUGACUGUGUAACUUUUUUAUUUUUCUCAAUUUUUUCAUUCAUAUUGUCAAUGAAAGUCAGCUUAUUACUCCUCAAAACUCAUUUAGAACUAUAGUAGUUGCUUUUGGUUACAAAAAAGCUGCAUGAAACUCCCCUUGAUUUGAGGGCCUUGUGGCCCAAGUGCUACCUCGUGCUGACAAUAGCCAUAUACUUUUUUUUGAACAGGAUUGCUCAUUGCUUUUGAUGAGGCCAGAGCUGGGAAGACCAGAAAACCUUAUAGUAACACGUCUUCUAGUCCCUCCAGUCUGUAUACGGCCAUCAGUAGUUAGUGACCUGCAAAGUGGAACGUUAGUCUCUUUCUUUUUCAACUCUUUGACCCCUAAUGAUUGUCUUAAGUUACUCACAUGUAACUACAAAAAUUUUAAUUAUAUUUGCUGUCUGUCUCCUUCGAGUUAAUGAAGUUGUAAGCUAAAUUUUGUAGAAUAUAUGAUUUGGUCACAUAUUAACCAAGCCAAUGCCAAAGUUUGUAGCUCGCCAUCAUUUUUCUCCAUUGCUCAUAUGUGAGAGACUUACCAGUGUGAUGGGUAUGGCAAGCAGAUAGCGUUUCAUGUACCUGUUUUGUGAGUAUUUCUAAUAAGUUUUUUUAAAAAUUAUUUCUGGCAUCGUAAUUUUUUUAUCUUUUUAGCAACGAAGAUGACCUGACCAUGAAGCUGACAGAAAUAAUUUUCCUCAAUGAUGUCAUUAGCAAACACAGAGCCACAGGGGCCAAAAUUCAGAUGAUAAUGGUUGGUAUAAAUUCUACAUAAUUAUCUCCACAUAAUUAUUUUUAUGAAUUCAUGCAUUAUUGUAUAUUAUAUGUAUUCAAAGGAUUAGGCCAAUGAGACUGUUCCAAAAUUAUGUGGUCCUGCUCCAAAAUGUGGUUGCGUGGCCCUCCCCUAUUAAGUAAUACUUGGGUUAUAGCCAUUCGUAGUCUAGCAUUAUUAUUAUGGAGUUUACACAGCAUCUGUUACAGUGUACAUGUAUGAAAAUUAUUAUGAUAUUGUCAAAAAAGCAAUGCGUUUAGGUUUAAUGAUUAAAACAAGAACUCUUCUUGUGGAUCACACUUUGGCACAUUUCUUUGUUGUCCUUCUGCAACCACAACAUGAAACUCCCUUAGAAUGUGAAAUUUUAUGGGCAGAAAUUUUCCCUUUUCUCAUUAAAAUUGGAUGCAGUUUCUGCCAAUUUAAUUAAGGUAAAAUUUGCCUACAUUUGACAAUUAAGCCAGCUGUCCAGAGACAUUCUGAUAAAGUUUGAAAGAUAACAAAUAUAAUAAUAAGUUAUGCGUUUGUUUGUAUAAUCUCCUAAUUGUGACCCUAUUUGGGAAAAGCGGGCUUAACGAAAAUUGCGUUGAGCCGUUUUUUAUCGCAACGCAUUUGGAAACGUUGGAAUGCAUUGGCGAACAUUCUUAAUGCAUUUGAAAGCGUUGGCAAUGUUCUCCAACGGAACUAAGAAACGUUCAGUAUCGUUUCAAAAUCAUUUCAAAACAUUUGGAAAACGUUUUCGAACGUUGAAAAUGCGUUAAAUGGAACAUCAUUAAUUCGUUGCAACGGGAAACAUUCACCAAACAUUCUAACAUUGUCAACGACUGAGUUACAAAAGCUCCGAACUGUCAGGCAUCUCCUCGCUCCAUCAUUCGACAAUUUAAAGCCACGGUCAUAAAUGAAGUGAUAAAACGUUUAAAACUUCACAGCGUGAGAAAUGUUCGAUCCGAGGAAUCAAUAAUUUGUUCCAUUUUCAGUUUUUAAGUCUGUGUUAUUAAAGAGGGCAAAAAAGAGGGGAAUUAAAUUUGAAAGCACGCGUUGUCGAAAGUGUUAUAGGUCUGAAUUUAUUUUAUGCUGUUCUUUCAGUGUUACGGCGGUGUGCGUGCUUGUGACUACCUUGCUUGAUAGCUCCCUGUAAAAUUAACAGAUAUCAGAUGCUUGAUAUGGGUCGCUGAUUUUAAGACUAAAAUAUACCAAAUUUCUACCGGGGAAGUUGUACUAUUUACCGACUUUUCCUUAUUCCCGUGUUUCCCGUUUUUUUGCUCGGGGAUUCAACAAAUUCAACCAGUUCAAUCACGGAACGCCCUGGCAAACGCUAGACAUUGUAUCCUUUAAAAGCGAAAACCUGAAAACGUGACAUUCUUCACAAAAAAUUCAUGGUUUUUAUCUGUACCAGUCAGCUGCUAUGAAGAUGUCAAAAUUUAUGAUCACGAAUAUUUUCUGAUCAAAGCUUGUUGCGUGACACUAUCGUCAUCGCGGCUCAUCAAGGGUUCGGAAAGGUCAACGCGGUAAUGUUUUCCGUAUUACUGUUUGAUUUUUAUGGUAUUUUUUUUUUCACUGAUUCUUCAAUGGACUGCAUGGCUCGCAUGACUCGCUGGCUCUCAUUUUAUACACGUACAGCACACUUUUUGGCAGAUUUCUUUGCCAUCAUCGCUCGAUUAACGUUGUCAAGCAAGCGCGCAAUGUGGUCGUCGCUUUUAAUCUCUAAAAUCUUCUGCUUGCGAUCGUCGCGACUUCAAUUUCGUCGGAAUUACUGAAGUACUAUUUUUCUCACCUUUGGUCUCGCUCUCUCCCAAUUUUUUCGUCUUGUAUCUUUUCCCCGAGGGAUUUUGGAGGCGGAACGGAUUAAUUUUGAAAGGGAUGUGAGAAUUCACCGACUGCAAGCAGUCUAGCACGCCGCUGACGAAGGUAGAAAAGGGCAAAUAAUUGGCAACCCCAAAAUUCUGUCAGCCAGCUACGUACAAAAAGAAAUGCACGACCUCAACAGUCAGCCUUACAGUUUUAAGAAACUUCUCAAAAACUUCUCUCCUUUAUUUCCAGAUUUGAAAGUCCAAGAAAGUAAUUUCAUGCUUUUCUCAAUUACCUCUUGACAUGUUACAACCUGAAACAACAUCAAACACACGUAAUGUCACAAAGAUCAAAGUUCUAUGCAAAUUGAUUUGAACCGAUCGAGAACAAAAAGUAAAAGCCUUUGUUUUCCAUUGCGAAUUCAUGUCGUUAUUCCCGUUGAUAUUACUGUUAUAUGGAGGUAUCAUUACUGUUCCUGAAAAAAAGUUGUAUUUUCAAAGAACGUUCUCAAGCGUAUCGAUGUCUAAUCAUCAGUGGCUUCAAUUAAUGAUAAUUUUUCGCAUCCUGGGUUGAACUUCAGGGACUAAUUUUAUCGAUAAAAAAAAAAAACGUUUGGAAGCAUUGCCAAUGCAUUGAACAACGUUGAAAAAACAUUCUAAAACGUUGGAAAAACAUUUUAAAACGUUGAAAACAAUUGCCUGCGUUUGAAGGAAAACGUUGUAAAUGCGUUGAGAAUCAUUGGAAUCCGUUUCAAUGCAUUGUAAUGCAUUCAAAAUGCGUUGAAAUGCUUUUCAACGCAAAUUUCAUUAAGCCCGGUUUUCCCAAAUAGGGUCACAAUUGUCAAUCUUCCUGCAGUUGUACAUACUGUGAUUAUGAUAAAUGUAUCUGAUAAAUUAAUUUUUGAUAAUCUGUUGGCUGAUCACUUUGCAGGAGGACUGGGACUUUCUUCAGCUUCAGUGUGCAUUGUACAUCAACAGUGAAAUGUCAGGGAUUCCUCUGAGUAUGCAGGUAAGUUACAAAGGGCAAUAUAUAGACUGAGGAUAAUAUUAUUACAUGGCCGCGCAUAGACACAAAAUUUCUCUUUGAAUGUUGAAAAAUAUUUCAACACGAUCUAUUGAUUCAAACGCUAAUCCCCUCCACAUCUUACUGAAUGUGUCAGCACAUCUCUACGUCAUGCAUUCUCAUGAAAAAUCUGUGACUUUCUUUUUGGGAUUAUAUAUUUACCAAACAAGGCUGUGCUCUAGGAGAGCCCUGUGACCCGUGGCACCUAACUUUUGUUCUCGGGCGACUAGAAAAUCUUUGCUUUUUUCAUAGAAAUCAUAUGCUGGACACACUGGAUUUCACAAGUUCAGAGCACUGGUCUCCCUUCAAUUUUUCUUUGAGCACAGCCUUGCCCAAGAUUUGUAACUUUUAUUUUGUAAUUCUAUUUGCAUGAUCAGCCUAAGAAAGGAUCCAGAGGAUUUGUACAGCGACUGAAAGGAAAGCAGGGUCGAUUUAGAGGAAAUUUGUCUGGAAAGAGGGUUGACUACUCUGGACGCACUGUCAUCUCUCCUGAUCCAAAUCUUCACAUUGAUCAGGUCAGUUAUAGCCUCCCACAAAUACUUUCUUCAUCACACAUUCCUCCCUCCUGAAGGCUAUGUCAGUUAGUGCACAGUUAGAAUUAGAUUUAGAAUUGGCUGAGAUUUCAUAAUAAUACAUGUUUUACAUGUGUAUUGAUAAUAACAAAUUUGUAGAAUAUGACAAAAAAUAAUGGACACUUUGACACUAACAAUAACUACAAUCCAAGUCGGUGGGACAGUACUGCAAUAUUCAUAUUUUUCUGUCAUUUCUUGAUUCCCUCUUAAAACAGUACAUCUUUUCGAGUUGAAACUCGAUACACACGUCAUUACUAAUGUCAUCUCUGCAAAUCAGCAUUUCGUAUCUACUUUUUUGAUGCUGAUAUUCAAAUUCCUGAGACGUAGUUGCAAGCUCUCCUUCCUUUUCCCACCCAGCUGCCAGAGCACCCCAAAGAGCCAGGUGACAAAGAUAGAAACUUGGGGAGGGCGACAGGAACCAGGACAGAUGUAUGAGAAUCGGGAGAGAAGCAGGAAUUGGGAAAAGUUGCUGUAACAAGGGGUGCACAAUUGCAUAGUAUCAAAUUGUAAGCUUGUUGUUGUUAGUGUCAUUUUGUAAGCUACAAUCAUGGACAAAAGUCUGGGACACUUCUGUGUUUCUGGGGCAUUUUCCAAUUCACACAGGUCCAACCCCUUUCCUCACCCCACAAACAAUGUUGGAUGUCAAUACCCUUGGCACAUGUUUCUCAAUGUUUUUUUACAUUUGUGCUCGUUUCUGCUUCACGCUGAUUGUCGGAAAUCUGACUGCUCAGUCGACGGGGAGCCACAGGGGAAUUGGAGGUGGAAUUCAAAUUCCAGAGACGUAGUUGCAAGCUAUCCUUCGUUUUCCCACCCUGCCACCAGAGAAUCCGGAGAGCUUGCACGCAGGCUAUGUCGCAUCUCCUAGUUUCUUUCUUGCUCUGCCACUACUCUGUAGUUCCUGCCCUUUCCCUGUCAUCCUUUCUCUCUUGUAGUUCCUACUCCACCCUCUAUUCUCUCAGUGAAAGUCAUCUCCCUUGUUGUUCAUUUUUCUCUCUCAUUCCAUUGUCUCUCAAUUAACUUUCAACUCGUGAUGUUUUCUGCUAUGUACUUUUAGCGAUUGAGAGAUGAAGUUUCAGCAGUGGCUGUGGUUAUUAAUCUUCUUGUUUUUUGCUUGAAUCCAGGUUGCAGUACCAGAGCUUGUUGCUAAAGUUCUCACAUAUCCUGAAAAGGUCUGUUCUUUGUAAAUUUGCUAAACAAAAUAAACUAAUCAAUCAAUAAAGUAAAUAAUUGUAAUAAAUAAUAAUGAUGAUGUUUCACUGAAUACCUUCUUAUGGCAGACACCUCACAAUGCUCAUCGAAGAGCGACAAUAAAUUGUUUGAUUUGAAUAAAACAAAAUAAUAUCUUUCUGAUUCCAUGAGUACGUUUGCUUAACUUGUGUAGGAGAAUUUUAUCAAAUUUGAAUUUAUCCAUAAGUUGUGAACAUCCUUCAAGUAUAAUGAUCUGGGAGGACAUUGUUUUUCUUAUUGUCUGACGUUAGUUAACAAAAUAAUAUUAUGUACUUAAUUUUGUAAAGGUGACAGAAGCCAACAUAAACCUGAUGAAGCAGUUGAUUCUGAAUGGGGCAGACAAACACCCAGGAGCAAACUUCAUUCAACAAAGACAAACCAACAU